CUUCUCCCCGCCCACUUUUUCUGCAAAUUGAAAUGACUGGUAACAUUGAAGUUCAGGUGCUUCUCGAACUGAUCAGAAAGUCAGCUACAGAAGCUCUAGAUGAAUAUGGGAAAUAUGGAGAUGGAGUCCCAAGCGUUUAUGAAACAAACACCCAUCCUCUCGAUGAACACAAAAUGUCCCUUCGAUUGAAAAAGGCCAUCAGGAAUCUAGAAGGGGCUUGUGAUCAGCUAUGUGCUACACUAGCUCCACCGUUACACACAAUUGUCAAUCGUGCACAAGACUAUUACUGGUCUUGCCUCCGUGUAGCUGCCCAAAACAAAAUUGCUGACCUCCUUGAUAACACUACUGGUGGCAUGAAUCUUGAAUCUCUUGCUCAUGAAUCCGGCAUCGAACCAUCAAAGUUGAGAAUUCUCAUGCGCACCCUCGCAGCCCGUCACUGUUUCCAGGAAGUCUCCCAUGAUGUGUAUGCAAAUACACGCCUUUCACUUGUGCUCCAUUCGCACAGUUCACACACAAGCUAUAUUGAUCUACUGACCAAGGAGGGUCAAGAAUCAGCAGGGAACUUUCAAAAAUACCUCAGUGAUAACGAAUACAGCCAAUGCAAUGAUUCAACUCACACUGUAUUUACACAUGCAGUCAAAGACACAGGAUUCCACGGAACAGUGUAUGACUGGAUGAAAGUCAAUGGUGAUAGGCGUGCAGUUAUGAGUAGCAGCAUGCCAAGUAUGAAUAGUGUCAUGGGGACAUUGUCCAUCAUUGAAGGUUAUCCUUGGGAGAAAAUCUCCACAGUGUGUGAUGUUGGAUGUGGAAAUGGAAGCUUUGUAUGGUCACUCUUACAAAAAUUUCCCCAAAUCCAUGUCACUCUUUUUGAUCUCCAUGAGACUUUGGAGGCAGCAAAGCAGGCAGCCGGGUGUCUGGCACAAGAAUUGCAAAGUCAUCUUCACUUUCAACCAGGUGACUUUUUCAAAGACAGCCUUCCGAAAUCAGUGGAUAUGUAUUAUCUACGCAAUAUUAUUCACAACUGGCCUGACAAGGAUGUGUUGACAAUUCUGGCAUCAAUCAAAAACGUCAUGGGUCCUCAGAGCAGGAUUUUAAUACAUGAUUAUACUAUGCAUUCAUUCCAAAACCAAUCACCCCAUCACUCAUUGGAUCAAGCUCCAUGGCCCAUGCUGCCUGAUUUUGGAAAUGGCAGUAUGCGCCUUCACUAUCAAGACCUCACUAUGUUGUUUAUGUACAACUCAAAAGAAAGAACUCUUGAAGAGGUUAAAAAUCUAAGCCAAAAUGCUGGGUUGAAACUUGAACAAAUAAGGGACCUUGGAGAGACCACAGUGCUGGAGUUUGGUCCUGCAUAAUUUAUUCCAUUAAUUGUAAAAGUUGUAUUCAUAUUCUGACCACUGAAGUUGCACUUAUGACUCAAUCUGUAGUAAGCAAGUACAAAGUAAU